AUGCUCCUACCUUCCGACCUGUACAGUGACCUGUCACGACUUAUGGAACAGAAUAACAACAACAACAACAAAAACAGCGCUUCUGGAGGCUCAGGCGGGAAAUUCAGUCAGGUCGAUGGACAACUACACAUGGAUGUGCCUAUUGCAAGCGGUGGUUUGCAAGUUUUUGGGAGAUCGUUUCGACACGAUAACGACACGCAGAAAAUUUUCCCCGAGGAUGAGUUUAUCGUACGCGAUGCUGAUGAAAGAUUUCGAUGCACGUUUUGUGAACACAAGACAUCAUCAAGGUCUCGUUGUCGGGAGCAUGUACGUACUCAUACUGGGGUCAAGCCCUACCAAUGCGAGUUGUGUGGACGCUGCUUUAACAAGCGCGAAUGUCGGGAUAAUCAUGUACGAUCUCGGCACACGCUGGAAAAGCCGUACAACUGCAAUCUCUGUCCCAAGAGUUAUUCAUCGUCCGCGGCACUCGCUGUCCAUAGAAAAACCUGCCGCAUGCGACACGGCCUCGUUUCCGAAAACCCCUAG